UUCAUAUAAAUUUGUAUUUGUUAUAGAUAUGGAUAAAAGAAAAAAGAAAAAUAGCGCAAGUAAAAGAAAGAAAAGACUUCAAUUAGACGAAGACGAAGAAGAAAAUUAUUCACGAAGUUAUACUAGUAGUAGGCCGUCACAAGCCUCUUCCUCGCUAAGACACGAUUCAAGCAGUUCACAAGUAACAGCGAGCUCAGGUAUUGGACAUGGGACAUCUACCUCAUUACCCAGAUCUUCCACUAGUGUUAGUUCUACAUCUUUGUCGACAGCAAUUAGUAGAAAUACAACCAUCUUUCAUGGACAUUUACGUUUGGGAUCUUCAACUGUAUCAAAUGAAAGCAACAAUUCCAAUCAGAAUUCAGAAGGAGGUGCAACUAAUUCUACACCUCCUAGACCAAAGUCUUCAUCACCAGAGCCAAACUGUGCAAUAUGUUUGGGUCCUUUGGAAAAUAAAUCCUUUACAGAUAGCUGUUUUCAUCAGUUUUGCUUUGUGUGUUUAGUUGAGUGGUCAAAAGUUAAAGCUGAAUGCCCGCUAUGCAAGCAAUCAUUUAAAAGUAUUGUACACAAUGUGAGAUCUUAUGAUGAUUAUGAUCAGUAUCAUAUUCCGAGACCCGAGGAUAGAAACCUACUCCAAGAACUAGCUAGACCAGGAACUAUGCGAUUUAGCUACAGGACAACUGUGACAGAUCAUCGUUAUACCACAUUGGCAGAUCGCAUCAACAGAGAAAUUGAAAGCCGUCUGCUCCAGCGUCCAUCAAGAUCUUUACCAAUUCCUAAUUAUAGACGCCUACGUCAACCAGCUAACUCUGAUUUUAGACGUAGUGUUUAUUUACAGCGUCUUAAGCUGAAUUCACCACCAACAAACACAAGACGACGUGUUAGAGAAACAUCCCCAUCAUUUUUCCGUGAAAAUCCGGCACAAACUCAUCGCCUUGUACCAUGGGUUAACAGAGAAUUGAACGCCCUUCUUCAAGGGCAUGGUGAGCAAGUGGCAUUUGUACUUGACCUUAUUAUGGGACUUGUAAAAAGAUUUCCAAUUGAUAGUGAAGAGUUUUACCAGCAUGUUUUUCCUUAUGUUGGCCGCCACACUCGAAAGUUUAUGCAAGAAUUUUUGAUGUUUGCAAAAUCACCUUAUCACAUGGCAGCAUAUGAUCGACACAGUUCUUAUGCACAGUGUGACGAGCCUCAUCAUGAUUCAGAAUCUGACUCAGACCAUAGAGCAGGAAUCAGGAAUGAUGGCAAUGAUAGUGAUGUUAUAGUGGUCUCCCCUGGAAACUCUCCAUUAUCUGACAGUAGAAAUAGUCAACCUCCUCCUCCAAGGAGGGAAGACUCUAGCAUAGAUAGCUGGGAAAGCAGGGUUCUGACAGCAGGUGAUCCAUACUUUCCAGGGUUUGCUCCGAUUACGAGGACAUAUCGUACAGAGGAUAUUCCGUCUAUGCAUCCGUAUGCAGGACUCAGGACUGACUAUGCACCAACAUCAGCCUCAGGAUGGGAUUCCCCUACACCAGGACCCAGUCAACUUAGGCUGACCAUACGAGAUUUAGAUAUUCCUACACUGAGCACUGGGAUAUCCUCUCAGUUAUCAAACACCACUUCUAUAGGAGGCUCUAUAUGGACACCAUCUUCAAGAAGCUACAGUGCACCAAGCUCACAGCCUUUACCGUCAACUAGUAGUAUUUUCGGCAAUCUAUUUGAUUCUAUCAAUUUAAUGCCUCAACAUCCCCCACCUUCCUCUCAAAUAGAAAAUGCUACUUCAUUUGGAGGUACAUUGUCAAAUCAGGGCCCUGUAUCAGUUUCAAUGAAUUCUGAUUCAAAUAACAGUGAUGUUGAAAUUAUUGAAGUUGAAAAACCAUGGAAUGAGCGAAGCCCAAUUAGAUUGUCCUCAGGUGGUGAAACUGACUAUGAUGUCAUGAUAACUGGAACUACACAUAUAAAUGAUCCAGUUAAAAUAGAAAAGAAGAAAAAGAAACAUAAGAAAAGGCAGGAAGAUAUGUCCACUUCACAAAAUAGAGAAAGACAUAAAAGAGGAAGAGAAACUUCAGGAGAAAGUCAUUCAAAGAAGAAACGCCACAGAUCUAGGUCAAAGUCAUCAUUAACCAACAUUUGUUCAAGGUCAAGGACAAGGUCAGUCUCACCAGUAAGAUUGACUCUUAUCAGAUCACCAGAUUAUCAGCAUAAAAAAUUUUCCUAUAAAACUCACAGUGAUAAAUCAGAAGAAAUUGAUCCCUACAGACCUUUUGGUAACAGAAUAUCUGAAGGGUCAAGUUCAUUGUUCACUUCAGAUUCAGACACUGAAUCACACCUUUCUAUAACAUCUCAUAGACAUAAAUCAAAAUCAAAACACUCAAGUAUUGAAAUUUUUGAAUAUAGAAAGAAAAGUUCAAAGUCAAAAAAGAGCAAAAAGCAUAAAAAGAACAAAGGAUCUGACGAUCUGGUAAUAAGUGAUGAUGACCAUAAUGUUAUAUCCCAUCACCAUAAACAUAAAAAGCAUAAGUCAGCAGGAAACGAAAAAAGACGGAAAAUCCAUUCUGAUGGACAUAUUUCUUCUGGGUCCCAUAAAAAAAGUAAACAUAAAUCCAAAAAGAAGAAACACAUGAAAGACAAAAAGAACAGGGAUGAUAAAUCUAAUGUUGAUAAAAGAUCAUCUAGAAAAAUAAACAAGUCCUUACUUUACACAAGUGAUUCUGAACCUGACAGUAUUAGCGAUAUUGAUGUUGAAAAUGACUCUGAGAAAGAAGUUAGUGAUCCUAUUCAGAAUUCAGCUGCAUUUCAUCCUCCUACUGUAGAAUUUGUUGAAGUAGAUGCUGCACAAGCAGCUGUAAUAGACAAAGAAUUGGACAACAUCAACAAAACUCUUGCUGAUAAUGAUUAUAUAAACUCAUUAUUAAAAGACAACAUUGUUGAUGCUAGGGACAAACAUGAGGAAGAUCCAAACUCUGAUCCUAAUAGAAUGGUCAAUCCAGAUGACAUUUUUAAUCAGAGAUCUUUUAAAAAACACCCAUAUGGGCAUAAGAAGUCAAACAAAUCUCAGAAUUCAUCUGCACCACAAGCAAGCGAAAGUUAUUUAUGUUCUGAACCAUUGUUUAAUUCAGAAAAUAUAUGUGGAGUUUCAAAACCUGAGGACAGCAUUCAGUCACAUGACAUCACAUCAUGCUCAGAUAUGGAUUCUGAUCGUCAAUUGCCUUCAUUCCUAACUUUUUCAAAUUUUAACUCAAACUUUUUAAAUCCCAUGAAGAAUUACAGAACACAUUUCAAUAGCCCUGAAAGUAGACAGAGAUGUCCAAAUGAAACUCCUUCAUAUGAGUCUCCUACAAGUACUGGACUUUUCAGUUGCAAAGAUGUAACAAAUAAAGAAAAUGAAACUGUUGACGUUGAUGGUAUGUCUGAUGAUUCAGAUGUUGAUAUUACUGGUAUCACUGUCCCUUCAGAACCAGCAGAUGUUAUAUCAUACAAAACAAGUGAUGAAAGUAUAAAGAUAGGUACUCCAAAAGAUUAUAUUGAUGUAGUUGGGGAUUCUAAUGAAGAGCAGAGUGAUGAAGACGUUAAAAAUAAUGAGAAAUGUUCAAAUAUACAAGAAAGAAAUAGUCCUGAAAAAGAUUAUAGUAACAAUGAAAGUGAUAUUGACGUAGAGAAUGAUGAUUCUGACAUUGAAUGUUCUCUGGUAGAAGGACAUAAAACAUUUGAAAUAGACGAAGAUUCAGAAAGUGACAAUAAUGGAGAAAAUACAAAUAACAUUAAAAAUGUUUCUGAUAUUGAUAUAACAGGCUGUUCUGAUGAUGAAAUAGUGAUAGAUGCAGAUGAAGAAAAUAAUAAGACCAAUGAUGUUGCAAUUUUGAGCAUUGAUACAAGUUCAGAAACAGAUCUUGAUUACAAUUGUGAGGAUACUAACAGUGCCUUGUCUUCAACCGAUUGUAAAUCUGAAAGUGACACUGAUAGGUAUGAAGAAUCAGAAGAAAAUUCUGUAUCAAAUACAGAUCAUGUAACAAUCUUAGAUAAUGACACAGAGCUUUCGAAUGCAAAACCUGCUAGCAAUAGUUCAGAUAGACUGUCCUCAGAUAAUGAAGCCAGUCCCUUUUAUGCAGAAAUUGCUGGAACUUCUCAAAAUAAAGUUGAUUCUAAUACAAACACAAAUCAAGACCAACAUACAAUAAAUGAUGAAACCACAGAAGUUUUAGAAGCUACUGAAUCAGAACAUAUCAUGACAGGAACUUCAAAUCCAGGUGGCAGUAUUCCAGGUGUGUCUGACAGUGGUGGAUUUAGGUGGACGUCUGACCCUGUCUAUGAAGCUCGACCCCUGUCUGUGUCUAAUAUAGUUGAUGCUACAAGAGAGUUUGCUAGUAGAGACAGGUCUACCCCAGAGCAAGACUAUAUCAUUAAUUUACCAAGGGAGAUCACUCCAUCAUGGGAGUAUGAUUCACCUAAUUCUAUGUCAUCAGAUUCCUCUCCUGAGUUGCAGGUGUCACCAGAUUUAAGGGGUAGAUCAUUUGAUGAAGAUUUUGUGCCAGAAGAUUAAUAUUUAAUUAUCAAAGAUAUUAUUUAUCCAAACAGUUUAUUUGUAAAUUUUCAGAGUAAAGGCUAUGGUUAUUUGGGUAUUAUGUAUUCUUAUAAAAAAUACAAUAGAACAAUGUUUACUCAAGUAUAUCAAAUUGAAAAAUUAUCCUGUGACUCAAUUUAUCACAAUCAAUAAUUGAGCAUUUUCUGAACAUUUUGAAACACUUGCAAUAUAAUACCUAGCUUCUUAUAUAAAUGUUAUAGUUCUCUCAGAAAAAUAAAGGAAUUCAUCUAUUGAGUCUAAAGAGGGGUAGCUUUUUAGUUUAACUGUUUAUGAAGAGUGAUAUAUUUAGUUUCUUCUCUGAAUUAUUAGUAAUUUUGAACCUUGUAAACCAUGUACUGGUUUUGUUUUAGAUUCUUGAAAUGUUAUUUUUACCAUUCAAGUAAGCUAGGUAACCUGUAUUUAAGUAUUUUAUAUACCUUUAGAACUGCACAGAGUCAGAUUUCUUCUAGAAAAGGCUAUGUAGUGUUUGUAUGAUGGGAAAGAAAAUGUGUUUAUAGACCGACUAUAUAUAUGAAAUACAUGUAUUUACUUUAACUGUAUAUUUAUGUUAAUUAUAAACCUUCAUGUAGUGAGUUUCUU